GCAAUAUUCUAGUAGUCUCUCUGUUUCUCCUCACUUUUUCCUGCAAAGUGCAAACCAAGUAACGAACCAGAGUCCAGAGGGCAUGACCGCCAUUUUUACAAAUUCCAAUCUCUAAAAAUACUCUAUUUCGCUGCACUACACAUUUUUAACCUCUACAAAUUCUUCAUACACAUAUACAAAUCGAGAAAGAUUAUCAAAAUCUCUUUUUUUUUUUUACCACUAAUGAUUCAGGUAAGUAUUUGUUAGAAGUACAAAUUGAGUGAACAAGAUCAGGAAUGGGUACUGCAGAAGGGUUUCUGCAUCUACUUUCUGGGCCAACACUUUGGCAUCCUACUCUUCAAUCUGAUUUUGUUCUUAAACCCCAUUUGAGCUAUUCAGCAUGUACUAAAAGGUUAAAGGGUUUAAGGGGGAAGAGAAAUCUAUGGGAAAUGGACGGUUAUUAUAGGAGGAUAAACUAUGUUAAUGUUCCUCCUAGGAGAAGUUGUAAUGUUAAUUGUUUGAGCUCGGAUGGUUUAAAUGGACCCUUGUUUUCCGGUGAGGGUGAUAAGUUAAAACCAAAUUUGGCUGAUAUAAAUGCCAUUCCACAUGCUAGUGAAUUCAUAUCCAGUGAAAAAUUGGCUGCUGCAUCAGCAAAAAGUGAGAAAGUUUUGAGGGUUAAAGCGGAUUCACUAGAGGAUGAAGCGUGGGAGUUGCUUAGAGAGUCUAUUGUUUACUAUUGUGGUACCCCAGUGGGAACAAUUGCCGCUAAUGAUCCGACCUCCACUAGUAUUCUGAACUAUGACCAUGUCUUCAUCCGUGAUUUUGUACCUUCUGCAAUAGCAUUCCUUUUGAAAGGCGAGUUUGAGAUUGUUCGAAACUUCAUCCUUCACACCCUUCAAUUGCAGAGCUGGGAGAAAACCAUUGAUUGCCACAGUCCAGGACAAGGGUUGAUGCCGGCCAGCUUUAAAGUGCGAACUAUUAUCCUGGAUAGCGAUGAUUCUGCAACUGAAGAAGUACUAGAUCCUGAUUUUGGCGAGGCAGCAAUUGGCCGUGUUGCUCCAGUUGACUCUGGACUUUGGUGGAUUAUACUGUUGCGAGCGUAUGGGAAAUGCUCCGGAGAUCUUUCAUUACAAGAAAGGGUUGAUGUUCAGACUGGGAUGAAAAUGAUUUUGAAACUAUGUCUUGCUGAUGGUUUUGACAUGUUUCCAACUCUACUGGUCACUGAUGGCUCAUGCAUGAUAGAUCGUCGUAUGGGAAUUCACGGCCACCCCCUUGAAAUUCAGGCACUGUUUUAUUCAGCAUUGCUGGGUGCACGUGAGAUGCUGACUACUGAAGAUGGAUCAGCUGACCUUGUAAGAGCGCUUAACAGUAGGCUGUUUGCGCUAUCAUUCCACAUCAGGGAGUACUACUGGAUUGAUAUGAGGAAACUGAAUGAAAUUUACCGUUACAAAACGGAAGAGUAUUCCUUUGAUGCAGUAAACAAGUUUAAUAUCUACCCUGAUCAAAUACCACCGUGGUUAGCAGAGUGGAUGCCUGAAAAAGGUGGGUAUCUGAUAGGAAACCUGCAACCUGCUCACAUGGAUUUCAGAUUCUUCUCACUCGGAAACUUGUGGUCUAUAGUAAGCAGUCUGGCAACAUCAAAUGAAUCACAUGCCAUUUUAGAUUUUAUUGAAGCAAAGUGGGUUGAUUUAGUGGCAGAUAUGCCCUUCAAAAUUUGUUACCCUGCCCUUGAAGACCAAGAGUGGCGAAUUGUAACAGGCGGUGAUCCAAAGAACACUCCUUGGUCAUAUCACAAUGCAGGUUCAUGGCCUACGUUGCUCUGGCAGCUGACAGUGGCAUGCAUAAAGAUGGACAGACCGGAGAUUGCAGAGAAAGCAGUGAAAAUUGCAGAGCAACGUAUAUCAAGAGACAGAUGGCCUGAAUAUUACGACACAAAGGGAGCAAGAUUUAUAGGUAAACAGGCACGAUUGUUUCAGACAUGGUCUAUAGCAGGUUAUCUGGUGGCCAAACUACUCCUUGACCAACCUAACAAGGCAAAGAUCCUAAUCAAUGAAGAGGACUCGGAGCUUGUUGAUGCGUUCUCUUCUCUUAGUGCUAACUCACGGGGUAGGAAACGAUCCAGAAAAGGAUUUAAAAAGAGUUACAUUAUCUGAGUUGCAAUUCAAGACACCUUUCACUCUAUUAAGUAGCCAUCUACCAGUCGGUUCAACUCACUCUUACAGAUUCAUGCCUCUGUUGUAUAUACAAUGUAGGUGGCAGAACUCGAAAUCGGAAAUCCCUGUAGUUGUAAUAAAAGUGCCGAUAUAUUUCCCAACUUAGACCCAAACAAAAGAAAACCAGUUGAUGUUUCAAAUUUCUCUGGUCAAGAUUUUGUUCAAAAAUAAUACUAAGUACUCAUACAAGUUAGUAAUA